AUGGCUUCAAUCCCAACGAGCGUUGACGAGCAGACUAGAAGGAAUGAAGAGCUGGCAACUGCGAUCCUGAAGGAUAAGGUUAAGCCUAAUCGGUUAAUGGUCGAUCAGUCCUCCAACGAUGACAACUCGGUCGUUGGGCUAUCGCAGGCAAAAAUGGACGAACUGGGUCUUUUCCGAGGCGAUGCUAUACUGCUGAAGGGUAAAAAACGCAAAGAAACCGUGUGCGUCGCCCUUCCUGACGAAAGUUGUUCAAAUGAGAAGAUUAAAAUGAAUCGUGUUGUUCGAAACAAUCUUCGAGUUCGUCUUGGUGAUAUCAUUAGCGUAAAUCCAGCAACAGAUUUACCUUAUGGCAAGCGAAUACAUGUCCUACCCAUUGACGAUACUAUCGAGGGGCUAACGGGGAAUCUUUUUGAAGUUUUUCUAAAACCUUAUUUUUUGGAAUCCUAUCGUCCAAUACACAAGGGUGAUCUCUUCACUGUUAAUGCUGCAAUGAGGACAGUGGAAUUUAAGGUUAUUGAGACGGAGCCGACUCCAUCGUGUAUAGUUUCUGCUGAAACUGUGAUACAUUUUGAAGGAGAGCCUGUGAAGAGAGAAGAAGAGGAAGAAAGCAUGACGGAU